AUGUCUUCCUGUGGAUCUACAAUCAUCUGUUUAACGGAUCUUGACAUGGGACAAAUGACGUUGACAAUCAACAGGAGUCCCACGCAGUCCCCCUGUCAUUCCCUUCAAGGCUUCCCUGCGUGGGCGUUCAGUGCUCAGGAAAUGGGAAGCGCCAUUAGGAAGGCCCUCUCUGACUUCCGAUGUCUAGCCGAGCUACUUCCUGUCUUUACUGCUCGCUCAUCACUUUUCUUACAAGAAUGGGAGAAAUAUGGGUUUGUUCUUCGAGGCUGUCAGUACGAAGCUGUUGAAUCCAACGCCAGCCUGGCACCACGAAUGGGAAUGGAUAGUGCCAGCAAGAUGGCCAUAAAGACAUUAAUUGUGUCUAUUAAUCCUCCAAAAGCUAUUAUAUGGCUUUCUAAGGCAUCCACUCUUCCUACUCCUCCUCCGGAAACGCUAAGAAGUACAACUACCACUACUACUACGGAACUCCCAACACCACCACCGGAAACGACACCAGAAAUCUCGUCCACAACACGAUUCCUUCGUCCCGAACGCAAACAAAUGAAUAAAACAAAAUUCUUCAAUCCAUGUCCAUCCGGAAAACCGUUGAUGAACGAGUUCAAUACUCCAAUUUCAUGUAAUUAUCUGAACCAACCAAAUGGAGGAUGUCCUGAAGAAUAUUGGUGUCACACGGGUGCCACUUUUGCAACGAGUUCCUGCUGCUUGAGAACUGACCCUUCAAACCGCUGCGAAAUGCGACGAGACACUGGUGAAGGUAGUGAACUUGUUGCCAGAUGGUAUUAUGAUAAACAUGCCAAGCAAUGCCGACGAUUCUUGUACAAAGGAAUUCGUGGGAACGCAAACAACUUCGUCACUAAAACACAGUGUGUUGAUGCGUGCGAGACGACUUCGUCUAUCGAUCGCGCAAAUCCAUGUCGAAUCGGUAAUCCAGCGAGUCAUAGGAAUCGCUCACGAAUUGUGUGCGGUCCAAACGACACUUCUUCGUGUCCGCGGAACUACUAUUGUCAUUUCGGAGAAAAUCCGGAAACGACAGCUUGCUGUGAGACGAGUGGAUUAACUGAUCUAUGUCUGCUAGCGCUGAAUGUGGGACAAGGCAAAGCUAAUGUGAAGAGAUUCUACUACAAUACACUUUCUAAGCGGUGCACUGAAUUCAUGUACCGAGGUACUAAGGGAAAUGAGAACAACUUCCUCACUUUGGAAAAAUGCCAGGAUGCAUGCCAGAAAUGGAGCAACCCUUGUCCAACCGAGAAUUUCGGACCGCGAAGGGAAUGCUCUGCUAACAGUACAGAGUGCGGAGUUAAUCAAUGGUGUCAUUUAGGAGGAUCCGAUUCUACUACUGUUUGUUGUCCUGGAGCUUCAUCGGAUCCAUGUUCGCUUCCCGUAGAAACAGGGGAAGGAGGUAUAGAAUUACCUCGAUGGUAUGCUGAUCCAAAUGAUCGCUCCUGUUCGAUGCAAUGUAAACCAUUUGUCUACAAGGGAACCAAGGGAAAUCAGAAUAAUUUCCUUACAAAGGCAGCAUGUGAAAAACAAUGCAAACGUGAAUGUAAAUCACCAUGUGGUUCUGGAGAAAUGUUAAUGACACCAACGAACGAGCCACGUCUAUGUAAUCCGACAUCACCAUGUCCACAAUCGCAUUGGUGUCAUGUUGGAAUCACGCCAGAAAUGACUGUUUGCUGUUCAACACUCCCGAACACAUGUGAGAUGCCAUUAAUAAAAGGACACGGGAACUCGUACCUCACACGUUGGCAUUUCGACAGUAAGCAGAAAAAAUGCAUCAAAUUUAUCUACAGUGGUGAAGGAGGAAACCAGAACAUGUUCCUCACCCAAGAUGAUUGUGAAACCAUUUGUCCGGUGUACGAAAAUCCAUGUGGAAGCGGUAAACCGUUGCUUGUUGGCAACGUGCCAAAAGUCUGCAAUCCAUCUCAACGUUGCCCUUCAACACAUUUCUGUCAUAUUGGAGUUGACAGUGAUCAGAACUACUGCUGUCCAAAGAAUGGUGAUCCAUGCUCUCAGGAAUUGGCUGUCGGAGAAGGGACUUACUCGCUUUCGAGGUACUACUUUGACAAAGAGACUCGAAGAUGUCGUGAAUUCACCUACCAAGGUUCCAAGGGAAACGCAAAUAAUUUCCUGAAUUUGGAGGAUUGCGAGCUAGUGUGUCCAGUCCUGCCCAACCCAUGUGAACUCGGCGAACCUCUUCUCAAUGCCCUCAAGGAGCCUAUAAUUUGUGGUGGUGAAGAUUCAUGCAUCAAUGGGUACUGGUGCCACGUGGGAGGAAGUCCAGAAACAACUAACUGCUGCCCUGGAACUCGACGCCCAUGUGAUCUACCGCUUGAAACUGGACAAGGAUCGGAAACUCUUGAAAGAUGGUUCUACGAUGGAGGGAUACAGAUGUGUCGAACUUUCGUCUACAAAGGAAUGAAAGGAAACUCCAACAAUUUCUUGACAAAACAGGCUUGUCGACAAGCAUGUAAAGAACUGAAUCCAUGUGGUUACGGAGAACCACUGGUUGGCACGGAUGAUGAACGUGUGCUUUGUAGUGGCGGACAAAAAAUAGACACUUGCCCUCGUGGAUUCUAUUGUCAUGUCGGGAGCAGUGCUCUUAUGACCCUGUGUUGUCCAAGGAAUAAAAUUGAUCCAUGCGACCAGCAAGUUACUCAAGGCACAGGCGGAGAGGAUCUUCCUCGAUGGUUUUUCGAUAAAAAACAGAACAGAUGUGCACCGUUCACUUACGGUGGAAUAGGAGGUAACGAGAAUAAUUUUAUCAGCCAAUCCACAUGCAGUGAAACGUGUCCAGUUUACCGUAACUACUGUCCACAUGGUAUUCCACUAAUCGAAAGCGGACAAGUGAAGGCUUGUGGAAUCGAUCGCGGUUGUCCGGAUGGCUUCAUAUGUCACAUGAGCACCGAAUUUAGUGUAUCCGUUUGCUGUCAGGAUCCCGUGGAUUUCUGCUCCGCUCCUCGUGAUCCAGGACCAUGCACAAAUUACGAAACUCGUUAUGGAUACAAUGCAGCAACGGACACCUGUGUGGAAUUCCAAUAUGGAGGAUGUGAUGGUACCCUCAAUAAUUUCCGUUCACUUCAGAGAUGUACGGAAAUAUGCUGCAAAGAAUAUAAGCGAAAACUAUAA